UUUACUUGGGUUUGGUGUUUAUUUUUUUUUAUUAUUUUCCAGGCUGCGAACGAGACCAGUGACUGUUUUCUGAUCAACAGAGUACUGGAAAAGUAUUAUCUCCCCACCAUGUACAGCCUUGAGUUCAUUUUAGGUGCCAUUGGAAACACCGUUGUGGUAUUUGGCUAUAUUUUCUGCCUGAAAAAAUGGAAAAGCGGCAACAUCUACCUGUUCAAUUUAUCCAUAUCAGAUUUGCUACUUCUGUGCACUCUGCCAAUACUGGUGAACAGCUACUCCAACGAUCAGUGGGCAAAGGAGAGCAUCCUGUGCCACAGCAACAGAUUCCUGCUGCACGCCAACCUGUACAGCAGCAUCCUCUUCCUCACCACCAUCAGCGUUGACCGGUACAUGCUCAUGAAGCACCCCUUCAGGGACCACCUCCUGCAGAAGAGGAGAACGGCUGUCACGGUGUCCCUUGCCAUAUGGAUCGGGGUGAUCCUGGAGCAGCUGCCGCUGUUGCAUUUCCUGGAGACUCUAACACCUGCCGAUAAUGACGAGUGCCUUGAUUACGCCAGCUCGGGAGACCCCGGGAAAAGCCUCAUCUACAGCAUGUUCCUGACGGUCCUCGGUUUCCUCAUUCCUCUGCUGACCAUGUGCUGCUUCUACUUGAAGAUGGUUCAUUUUCUGAAAAGCAGGAGCGAGCAGGUCCGUUCUGCCCUGACCCUGGAGAAGCCCCUGACCCUGGUGAUCCUCACCGUGGUCAUCUUCUCCCUGCUCUUCACCCCCUACCACGUCAUGCGCAACGUCCGGAUCGCGUCCCGGAUCCCGGCCUUGAACGUCUCCGAGUGCACGCAGGGAGUCAUCAGCGCCGUUUACAUCAUCACCAGACCCUUUGCCUUUCUAAAUAGUGCCAUUAAUCCCGUUUUUUAUUUCCUGAUGGGGGACCACUUCAGAGAGAUGCUGAUGGCCAGAACAAGACAGCUCCUGGGCAGGCUGACAACCACUGGGAAGUGAAUGAGUACGCAGACCUCUUGGAGUGGGAGAGGUCUGGGAGGAAACUCUCUUAGGGAGAGCAUUCAGCAAUGUGCCAUUUUUUUAGAUAACUUUAUUUAUGCAAUAGAAUAGGUAUGAGCUGCCUGUGUUCUUCUAAAUGCACCUGUUACCUUACUGUCCAGGAGACGCCUGCUGAGCUGCCUCCAGCAAACCAGGAGGGAUGCUCUGCUCGCUCCCAGCAGGACCCUGCCCUCAGUGGAUACCCCACAGCCCAUGGACACUGCCAUCUGAAGGCCACCAGGUCAGCUCUCUGAGGGCAAACACGCUGCUCCCAGACAGCUGCUCUGUGAGCCAUAACGUGGACCUGGGCUGGGGCAAAACGUGCCUUCAUGUGUCACCAGGACAGCCAGGCACUCACACUGCCACUUAGCAGGGUAUGGAGCUACCUAGCUUCAAUAUAACUGUCCAUAAGUUCUCACGGAAUCUAUGGCCUGAAGCAGAAUUUAGACCUCAGAGUUCACACUUCAUUAGCGGUUCUACUAAUGAACCAGGAGCUAAUGAGAGCCAGUCCCUGCCUGCUCCCUGCAGGAUCGAUCAGCAGCACAAGUUGCUCUCCAAAGGACUGACCUGACUCCAAGCAGACAGGGAAAGAUGGAUGGAGCACUGAGCUCCUGAGAGCUUGGGCUGGCCCAGGCUGCUGGGAGGGAGCGUGGGCAGGCUGUGGGCAGCCCCCUCCCCUGCCAGGGACCCCCUGCUCCCCAGCACCGGGAUGGCUCAGGGCUCACCCAGCCCAGCCUGGGUUCUGCUCUCUGAUGGGUCAGUCACCUGCAAUGUGCUUUGCUGCGCUGGGGGCACCAGCCCCGGAGA